CUGUCUCUAAAGGAACCGGGUAGAUCCUGAAAACAUCAGCGUCAGGCACUAGUUUGUGUCUUGGAUUCUGAAUGGAAGCUGAUGAAUCUUAAAGGAAAGAUAUUUUACAGCGGAUGUUGUGUGUAGGGUCUAACAGAAGCUGGCGAAGACCUUCAGAGCAGCUGUACCCAGCAAGAACAGAGACCCCAAGGUUCAAAGACCAUUGUGACAUCUUCCACGCCUGACUAGUUGAAUACUUAAGUGAGCUACAAGUCUUCUAGUGCAUUGCCUUUUUUAAACAUAAAUGGUAUUUGCUGCUGUCUGUCUAGAUGAAGAUGUGACGAUUUCGAUGAACGAAGAUGGAUUUUCAAACCCAGUUUGUAUGAUGUGUAUCUUAAACAGGAAACACAUAAACACUUUGACACACCGAAACUGAAGUAUUGGGCUAAACACAACGAGAUGAAGUUGGAAUUGGUACUGAUGCUUCAAGUCAGCCUCUUUGUAGGAGGGGCGAAGGAAGCGGACGAGAAUGGGAUGUGCCUUAAAGAAGAGGUUCUGGGCGAGGCAGAUGGGAACACAUACUAUUGUAAAGACCCCGAAUUGCCGCUCUGCUGUCAGACGGAUGGUACGCACAAAUGUUGCGAGUCAGAAGAAGAGAAGACAUUCAAAGACCAGGUGAUGCUAUGGGGGUUUGUGUGUCUGACCGUUCUGAGCUUCGUCCUGGUAUUCUGCCUUCUAACCAGAGAGGGGGACUUCUUCCAAGCAGAAACCUUCAGACAAGCUGCCAACCAUUUUGCAAGUAAAUGUGGCAUUAAAUGGUUCAGCCGUGAGAAGACAGACAACAGAGGCAACAAGCGCCUUGGAAAAGCUGAUCCGAAGACCAGUCGCGAUGAACUUCAGAACAUGCCUUUGGCUUGGUUUUAGAUAUAUCUCAGUUGUACACUGUUAUAUAUAACUUGAUUUACACAUUGUUGUCUUAUAUCUUAUUUAUAUCAUUUUAAUGCAAUGAUUUAUUCUCACACUCCCUGCAGCUUGCAAUGUACUAUCAUAAAGCUUGUUCAAUAUUUCUAAAUACAUUGUAUGCUGGCGGGAAUAAGAAAGUAUUCAUCUGAAAAUUAGAUUUGAAAAAUGCAAAAACAAAAACAACAACAACAACAAACGUUACUAGGAUAAGAGCUGUCACUGUUGCAUUACAAAUCUAAGGUUCAAGCACAAUUAAGGUCAAACACCGGUAUGUAUUGGAUCAUCAUGUAAGCACGAUUCAUAUCAAAACACCGGUAUGUAUUAGAUCAUAAAGUAAGCACAUUUAAGAUCAAAACACCGGUACGUAUUAGAUCAUAAAGUAAGCACAAUUAAGAUCAAAACACCGGUACGUAUUAGAUCAUGAAGUAAGCACAAUUAAGAUCAAAACACCGGUACGUAUUAGAUCAUAAAGUAAGCACAAUUAAGAUCAAAACACCGGUACGUAUUAGAUCAUAAAGUAAGCACAAUUAAGAUCAAAACACCGGUAUGUAUUACAUCAUAAAGUAAGCACAAUUAAUAUCAAACACUGGUAUGCAUUAAAUCAUCAAGUAAGCAGAAUUAAGUAUGUAUGUAUAGCGUACAACCACUCACUCACUCUUGUUCGUUUCAUUUUUAGCUACGAUGAAACACUGGUGUGUAGUUACUUUUGUCCGUGAGUGUAACUGUUACAUAUUGCUUCAAACACAUAAAACACAUCAACCUUGAGAAGGCUGCCUGGAACCAUCAGUUGAAAUGGAAACUAUAAAAAAAAGAUCUACUCCAAAUGUCAUAAACAGAAAGACAUAGAACACAGGAAUAUUGUGUCUAGUAUCCUACUCAAAAGAAGUUAAGAACACCCAACUCUAUAAUGAUCGAAUUACUAUAUUGAUAUCAAAGGAUUGGCUGUUCUUUAGUGUCUUCAGAGUUGUAUAAAUUACAAGCUACGACAAAAAAAAAUAGUUUAAAUCAUAAAACCAGUAUAUCAGGUAUAGGACAAAGAAACACAGAUACCUUUCAGAUAACUCCCUAUCUGAGUACGCUAUACCUACAUGAUUGUAUAAAAAGGUGCACAGGUAAACCCACUAAUUAACUUCGGUAGAUCUACAUGAUUGCAUGACGGGUGCAUAGGUAAAUCGACAAUCCAUUGAUUAAGUACGCUAGAUCUACAUGAUUGUGUAACCAGGUGAACAGGUAAACCGACAACCCACUAAUUACGUACGCUGGACCUACAUGAAUGUUGUAAACAUGUGUACAAGUAAACCGACAACCAACUCAAGACCUACAUGAUUUUUUAAACAGGUAACUGUACAACACACUAAUUAAGUACGCAAGACCUACAUGAUUUUUUUAAA